UUUUCCCUUCCAGAUUUCAGUUAUUCUCCCCUCCCACACAUUUUCAUGUCCAACUUGUCCACCCUUCGAUUGGUCCCCUCCAUUAGAAGGACGUUCACGUGGAGAAGGAAUUAUUGGGACAGAUGGAAGUAAUAGAAUUGGAAGAAAUAUGGGAAUGAAAAUGAGUGGAAGUAGUAUGCAAAUGAAUGCAAAUACUUGGUCUACAGAAUGGACAAUGCAACCAUGGAGUUGGAGUGUUGGACCUGAAGUAACUUCACCUAUAUUUACAUCAACAUUACCUCCAAUAAUCAAAUCUGGACAACAACAUGUAGAAGGAGGUAGAAGACCAAAUAUUGAAAUAUUUUGUGCUCGUCAUCCAAAUAAUCCUAAAUGUCAAGGAAGGCCAGAAUCUCCUAUUCAAAAUUUAAUCCCCCAAACAACACCUACUCAACCUCAAAUUCCAAUUGAAGAACCAAAAACAAAACCAAUGCCUUUUGGCUAUUUGGAUGCUGAAGCUCGUGAUGCAAUUAUUAAAAAUUGUAAAAGUGGAAUUAUUGACUGUAAAUCCCAACCAUUUGGAAUGGAACAAAAGAGAAAUAUGGUUAUUCAACAUGAAAUGGAUUUUGCUAGAAAACAAUAUUCUUCUUCUUCCUCUUAUUUAUCCCCUGGAUUAAUAUCAAAAAGAAUUGAUUUAAUACAGGAAUUAAAAUUAAAAAUGAUUAAAGUUGCUGGACUUGGAGAAUAUGUAACUCCAGUAAAUGAUGGAACAUUUGAACAUGACGUUUUAUUAACAGAAAGUCAAGCACAAAAUUUAAUAAAUGCUUUAGAUCAAACUCCAUAUCCUUCAAAUAAAAAAUAUGGGUAUGGACAUGGAAGGAGUCAACGUUCUUCGUUAUUUCUUGAUCAAUUACAAACACAAAGAUGGCCUAUUGGGGAAUCUAUUAAAUAUUUUAUUGAUGCAAAUAUCGAACAGAACGAGCGAGAUAUGUUACAUCAAGCACAUCAACUUAUUCAGGCUUCGACUUGUAUUCGAUUUGAACAAGUUAAUGAAAAACCUCAAACCGAUUAUUUACAUUAUGUUAAAGUAUCAACACCGACAUUUUGUGGACUUUCUUAUAUUGGACGUGUAACACCUGCAAAUCCAAUAUAUUUGUCUUUUCAAUGUCAAGAUCCAAUUGGUGUAGCUGCUCACGAAACAAUGCAUGCAUUAGGUGCUAAUCACGAACAUUUAAGAAGUGAUCGUGAUGAAUAUAUAAAUAUUCAAUGGGAAAAUAUAAAUCCCCAAUUUUAUGAUUUUUUUGCAAUUGCAGAUCCAAGCAAAUUUACUCCUUUUGGUGUAAUUUACUCUUUUGAUUCAAUAAUGCAUUACGGGGCAUCUACAGCUUCUUUAAAUCAAAAACCAACAAUGGUACCCAAAAUUGAUCCACAAAUAAAUACUCCAAAAAUGGGGCAAAGACAAAGACUCUCUGUACAAGAUAUUGAAUUGUUGAAUAAAAUGUAUUGCAAACAAUCAGGUAAUUUGAAGAAUUGA